ACAGCUCACUUGAAAAUUAUUUUCAACCGAGAAGGAGCAGAAUUUUCCAAAAAACAAUAAGAAAAAAUGAAGCGAACUCGUCGACCAACUGCGGCCAACAACAAAUCGUUCGUCUCCGGCGGAAUUUACAAUCCCAAUGCCACCGCCAAGCCUUUGAUCCAACAGCCGUUGCAGCAGCAGCAGCAGCAGCAGCAGCAGGCUCCUCCGGUGGCCGUUCAUCAGCCACCGGCUCCUCCUGCCCCAGUUGCUCCAGCUCCAGUGGCCGCCUCGCCAGUCCAGCAGCAGCAGCAGCAGAAGAAGCAGCAGCAGCAGCCCGAUGCGGCGGCCAUUGCAGCCAAGCUGCCAAUGCCAAUCAUUGUCAAGGAGGAGCCGAAUGAGGUCGUGGUCGAGGAUGCCGCCCAGCCCAACGAGGAUCUCGCCAUCGACAUCAGCGAGGAGAAUGGCAGCGGCAGCACCACCGGCAACACCGGGGGCAAGAUACCCUUCAAGAAGAUCUUCCAGAAGCGCAAGAAGUCGUCUGAACGCACCCGUGACAAGAAGCUGCGCCAGAAUCGCCAGCUGCGCAAAUCCAUGCUGCCGAAGAACGCCCUAAUGGCCCUGAAUGAGGUCAAAGGCGUGACCAUUAGCGAUUUCACCUUUGACAGCAAUCCCGACGGAGGAUUUACGGCCGUCGUCACCGUUAACUCGAAUCAGUACGAGGGCAAGGGUCUCUCGAAGAUGUCCGCGAAGAAUGCGGCUUGCGAGAAAGCCUGGCGUGACUUUAUCAUUGCCAAGAUGACCCCCAAGCCGGCCAGACUGCAGCCGAAUAACGCGGAGAACGGUUCAGAGCCCAUGGACACCAACGAGGAUGAGGGUGAUGCCCCGGAGGAUGACUUGCCGAUGCUUAAUCUGGCCUCGUUUGCCAUUUACAAGCUCUUCGCCGAGUGGGAGCGCGAGGGCUAUGUGGUGCCCGAGAUGCACCCGUCGGCCAAUGCGGCUGCACCGGCCGGCGGUGAAGCAGCACCGCCUGUUCCCGCGGUGCCCAAGGAGCCAAAGAAGCCGCCAGUGCGCACCGAGCUGCCCUCGGGCUGGGAGACCAUGCAUCCGGCCACCAUUCUUUGCAUUAUGCGUCCGGGACUCAUUUACGUGGACUACGGAGCCUCGGGCGACAAGCCCAAUGUGCUGCAGCAUCUGGGCAUUAUGGUGGACAACCAGGAGUUCACAGCCAGCGGAAGGUCCAAGAAGAUUGCACGCCGCAACGUGGCCGUUGAAGUGUGCAACACUCUGUUCGGCACAAACUUCUCGUACAGCGACACCUCUUCUUAAGACAUUUAUCACCUAUGCCCCGCUUAACGGCCUCAUUUCCAAAAAAAAACUUGAGCCGUAAAGUCCAGUGCGCAACUAUUUCUUGACUACAAAAACAGAACGGCUACCAAAUGAUGCACAUAUUAUACUUUCUUUAAUUAUAUUUGCAUUUGGUAAUCUACUUAUAACAUUGUGUUACCUAAUUUGACUUAAACUUUUCUAAAUUCUUGCGUUACACAGUGUUAUUACACAUAUGAAAUCAUCUUUGAAUAUCCCUCAAGUAGAAAUGAUUUUAGGCUGUAAAUUAAGAAAUCAUUUUUUUCGUUAACUAGAUUUAGAAACCUUAUUUUAAAGACUUAUUAUAUUAUUGCUGGGUAUAAUUACCCAAUAACUUAGGAUUAAAAAAAGGGCAGCCGUUAAGCGAGGGUAUGGUAAUAUUAUAUUAAAGACAUUAAUAAAAUUAUUAAAUCGGUAAAA